GAUCUGUUCGAGAAAAUGUCCGAGCGAACUACGAAGAAGGUGUGCUUCGACUUCAUCAGCGAACAAAUAAUUCGCAAAGUUAUAACUGAAUUUUUUAUACUCCUGAUACUGCUCGCCUGCAGCUACUGCGCCGCAGAAUCGAUGCGUUCCAAGUACAUCUAUUACAGCAACAUACAAACGGAGAGAACUUUUAUCGAUACGGUGCCGUACAUAAGGAAGCAGCAUUAUUUUGCGCCCAAUUUCAAGGAUGUGUUAACCAUAGAGGGUAUCUGGUUAUAUCUCUUGGAGCACUUUAUGCCCAGUAUUUAUGCGAAACAGUUGAAUAGGGAGCUAGAAGAAUACAUAUUUGGCGAGGGCUUGAUUGUGGGCGUGCCGAGAAUCCGACAGAUACGCGUCCAACCUCUAAAGGAAUGCUUGAACAAAUUGACAGUGGAUGGGCUGGACAAGAGGCCCUGCUACCCGGACUACUCAUCCAAAUUGGAAUUCAAAGGCACCCAUAAAGGACAUGUUAACAUUAAUUACAAAGCGGAUGCCAAAAAAAUUCAGACAGCGCAUUGCGUCUACCAAGGUGGCGGCUUUUCAAUUAACCUGAAUAUUAACGAAACUUCCAUGGAGAACUGGCUGAUGCCCCUCUAUUACAGCAGAUGGAUUGAUCAAGCAACACGACUCUUUGUUAUAGAGCUCAACGUCUUUUAUGGUGCCAACCGAAUGUUUCAGACUCUUAAAUUAAUAUUCGAAGUAAUGCCAACGGGCCUUGUGAUCCCAACUGCGUUCAUUCAGUGCAUAUUCCUGGAAUGCUUUCUGUUUAUGGACGCGUUUAGAAUAAUUGCCGGCGUUAUAUUCUAUUCAAUAAUUAUUUAUUAUACGUAUCAGGAAGUGUACGAAAUUUUUUGGCUCAGCCCAAAAGCUUAUUUUAAGCGUGUGAGCAAUUAUCCGGACCUGCUUUUCUUGCUCGUGUCAUACUAUGUGCUGGCGUAUAAUAUCUGGCACUACAUCGAGAUUGAAAGGAUCAAAAGCGCCUAUGAAAAAGAUAAAAGCAGCUACAUCAAUAUGGAUAGCUUAAUAGUUGGCUGGGAGACAUAUAUCAAUGCGAUGGCAAUCCUGGAGGUCACGGCUUGGAUCAAGCUGAUCAGAUUCCUAUCCUUUCACCGGUCGCAGAAAAGGCUUCUGGCCACCCUGAGAGUGUCCCGUAAAAACAUUCUCGGCUUUCUAUUCAUCUAUGUGAUCACAGUCUUCGCCUUUGCCCAGCUGGGCACCAUGUUGUUUGGCGACGAUCUGAAAGACUUUUGCUCCAAUUAUGAGUCCAUCUUGUUCCUGAUGCGAAUUCAAAUGUCCGACAUUGAUUUUUGGCCAAUGUAUGAAAUUCAGCCCGUGCUAGGUCCGAUCUUUUUUCUGGCCGUUAUCUUCAGCAUUUACAUCAUUGCCGUGAAUCUAUUUUUGGCCAUUUAUCUGUCGGCCUAUUCAGAUGUGAAGACCAAACUGAUUGUGAACGAUCGGGAAGUUUUGGAAAUGCUCGGCCAGGGCUUAAGGCAAUAUUUUUACUUUUGGCGGCAACGCAAAACGAACAGAAUACCGAUCUCCGUGCCUCUACUUACAGAGGAGGAAAUCGGGAAAGAUUCACGUCCCAGGAAUCAACAUGCUCCGCCCAAAAUUGAAACAAUAAUGUCUCUGCGCGAGGAUUUGGCCCGCCUAACCGAACGAUCUUUACAAAUCGAGGUAGUGCUAGAAAGGAUCGUGGAGACAAUCGAGGCGAUUUCGAAAGACCAGAAAAUAAACUCUGCCAAACUCAGCGACAAAUAUAAAUAAAGGAAAAUGCGCAUUUGUGUCAAAUCUAAAUCA